CACCAAGACUUAGAGAAGUUUCAACUGCCACCACGGAAGCAAGCUCUCCCAGGAUCCGAUCGGUCGACAGAAGCACCAUGUGCUCAGAUCUGCAGUCGAAGGCGGCAAAAUGGGGUCCCCUCCAAUGCGCUAGCCGCCUCGGUUGAACAUGACGGUACCAUGGGGCCAGAGAUACAAAGCCACAGACUGAUCGUCUCCUUCACACUGUUGUUGCACUUGUGAACCCGAUCGCCCUAUUUCGUUCCACCAAAUACUCAAGCUACAAGCAUGGCUUGGCCCAACCCAUUUCGUAGGCGCACUGAGAACACCAGAAGUGUCUGGGCUUAUGAGUUUGAAUGGACGGAUGAUCACAUUACACCUGAGCAAUCAGAGCCGUGGAAACACUCUUACGACGUACUGGCAGAGGAGUGUGUGGAUCGACUGAAUGCCAUUUCGCCACAUCAGAAGGGAGUCUUGCCAAGGAACAGCAACACACAGCCAGUACCUGUUCGGACUGAGGGCACCAAUGAAGAAAAGGAAAAGGUGUAUCCGGUACCACAGCGAGACCUAUACGCAUUACUCAAGGAACACCACGAAUCAGACCCUAAACUCGACAAGCUGUGGCAGCAGAUCAACACUGUCCCAGAUUGGGUAGACUGGGAUCAGAUCGAAAGAGGCCAAGAUGUGUUUUAUCGGUAUGGAGGGCCAGCGCUGACUGGACUCACCUUCCAGUCCUUACUUGGUGGUAUGGGUGCUGCGCGAGUUGUCGAGACUCUAGCUCGCACUGGAGGCUUCAACACGAAGGUGGCUAGAAGACGAUUGUUCGAAACUACACAGCACAUUCUUCAGUGUACCAGGUCUUUGGAAGGCAUCAAGCCUGGUGGCGAAGGGCAUGCUUCGUCUGUAAGAGUUCGUCUCUUGCAUGCAGCGGUGCGCCAACGCAUCCUGAAGCUCGCAGAAACAAAACCAAAUUACUACAACGUGAAAGAGUGGGGGAUACCGGUGAACGACCUGGACCAGAUCGCUACCAUCGGCACGUUCUCAUCGUCACUGAUCUGGCUUAGCUUCCCACGUCAGGGCAUCUUCCUUAGCAAUCAGGAAAUCGAGGACUACCUUGCUCUGUGGCGAUAUAUCGCAUACAUUCUCGGCACGCCAGAUACCUUCUUCACCACUACGCCAAAGGCAAAGGCCAUCAUGGAGUCACUCUUCUACAACGAAGUCCACCCUUCAGAGAUGUCAAAGACCAUGGCCAACAACAUUAUUCUUUCCCUGAAGGAGACGCCACCAACGUUCGUGUCUGCCGAUAUGCUCACUGCCAGUGCACGAUGGUUGAAUGGAAACGCCUUAUCUGAUGCCCUUGGUCUCAGACAAGUGUCUCUAUACUACUGGGCGCUGAUGGCGGGUCAAUGUCUCUUCUUCGCGGUCUACUGUUACAUGAAUCGCUUGAUCCCUGCCUGGGACCGCGACCAUGUCAGAAGGGCCAAGAUAGUAUUUUGGGAUGUGAUAGUCAAGGCGAAAUGGGGGCUUGCUGGCGAGGAGACUACGUUCGACUUCAAGUAUGUACCAGAGUACGAUACAUUAACAGAACUGGGCAAACACGAAGAACGGAAGCUAAAGAGGUCUGGCAUCGAGUCAAGAAACUUGAGGGCCUUCGCUAUCUUCGCUGGUGUCUCUCUAGUUGCGUUUAGUGUUGGUACAUAUGCCAUAGUAAAGGUGGCGUCUCGCAUUUUGGGGACCAUGUGGUAGGGCUGCUCCCCGGCUGCCUUUGAGCAUUUCGAUUCUCUAGUUUCCCAUUUAUAACAGACCGUACAUCUUCCAUACGUGUUGACCGCUUCCUGUCGUUCCGUUGCCCGUCUCUUACUCUCCCGCCUGCAGGAGCGAACUCACCC